AUGGCCGCCGCUAGCGACGCAGCAAUCUUCCGGGAGUUCGGCUGGCUCCAGAUGCAAAAGUUGCUGUAUCUCCAAGCAGAACUGCACCAUCUGGAAUCGGGUCUCAGAGCAACCCAAGAUCAGAACGCCGCCUCGAAUUCCGGUGCCAGAAGCGCAUUCGCGAUCGACUACUCGGCAAUGCGAGAAGACGAGGAGCAUGGUCAAGUGCAAGUUGCGAUGAUGCAGGAAAUAUGCACCAAGGUGACGGAAUACAACACGGCGCUUCUCCAAGUCAUGGAACUGCGUCGAGCUCCCAGACCGACCGACGAAGAGGCAGAACGUCUGAGACGGUACAUGGAGGAACGAGAGGGUGUCGCAUUCCCCUUUGGCCUAGAGAGAUCGAUCUGGUCGAUCGCAAACCAGAACGAUUUUCUGAUACUACCUUUCCGUGAGCGACGCGGGGACCUCGUGACGAGGUUUGUCCGUGAGAGGGUGGUCAACAUGUAUGACUAUUUGGUGGGUAGACGAAAUGAGCCACCAAACAGUCCCGGUUACAGAAUCUAUCGUGACGAGACGCUAGAGUACAUCAGCAGAGCCAUCGUGGCGGGUGUAUCGGCGAUGAUGCCGCCACUUGCAAUUGCUUUCCUCUGGAUCAUCAAGCCGAUGUGGGCUAGAGUGCUGUUUAUUUUUGUAUUCACAGGGAUCUUUGCCAUGAUAACAUCCGCGGUGACAAUGGGAAAGUCGAGCGACAUCUUUGCGGCUACAACCGCCUUCACGGCAGUCGAGGUUGUUUUUGUCGGGAGCACUUCUUCCUAA